AUGGGUAUUCGUCUGCCAAUAUUCAUGGCUCUUCAUGCUAACAAGAUAUUCAAGUGGCAGCAGCAUCUCCAUAGUAGAAACCACUCGAAUGUUCCAAAGGGUCACAUAGUAGUGUAUGUUGGAGAGGCUCAAAAGAAGAGGUUUGUGGUUCCAAUAUCUUACUUGAACCAUCCUUCGUUUGUUGACUUGCUAAACCGAGUCGUGGAAGAAUUUGGCUACAAUCAUCCAAUGGGCGGUCUCACAAUCCCUUGCAAAGAAGAGGCAUUCAUCACUCUCACCUCUCAACUACGUGCCUCCUGA